AUGAAUUGGCAUGCAACAUUAAGUCAAUCUGAUCCAAGUAUUCAAUCACGUCAAAAUCAAUUUAUUAAUCGAUUACCUACAAAUGGUUAUAAUUCAUCAUCAUAUAAAGUUUCAAUUGGACAUGAAACGGUAAACAUAACAGAAAUUGCACGUCAUGGUGAACAAUCAUGUGAUCCAAAAGCAAAAAUGGCAUUGAAUGAACGACAUCGUGCUAUUGCAGCACAAAAAGGUGCUGAUAUUCUUAGUUUAUGCUUUAUGAGUUUUGUUUCUGCUACUCUCAUACUUAUUGCUAUAUCUACAAUGCAUUUAUUACUUAAAACAAAUUAUAUUAAUAACAGUAAUAUGAUUCCAUUUUUGUUUCAAUCAGCAAAUAUUACACCAGGUUUUUUAUAUAUGUUUGGAACACCAAAUCCACCAACAGAUUCAGUAUCAAAUAUUUUUAUUUCAAUGUAUGAUCGUACUAUACGUGAUUUAGCUACUGUCGUCUGUUUAUUAAUCAUUGUACUUAAUUGUUUUUGUUUAUUAGUAUUCAGUAUUGAAAUUUAUCUUGGUUCUAAUAUGAUACAUACAAAAAAGAAUUCAUGUCGUUGUCUUUUUAGUUCUUCAACAUCACGUUUUAUUGCUAUAUGUUGUUUUUAUGCAUCGAUUCCAGCAUUAAUACUCGUGAUGUGUUUAUUUAUUCUAUUAAAUAUGACAUUGAUACCAGCAAUUAUUUCAUUACUUGUUCUUGGUUUAGGUUUAAUUUUUAUUCUUCUUGCUUUAUUAACAUAUUUUUCAACAUGGCAACAUAAUAAUUUUUCAACAACAAAUGAAAAACUAGCUGGUAUUAAUUCAUCUAUAUAUCAUACUGUUGAUAUGAAUCAUUUAGGUGAAGAUGAUAUUGAUUUAACAAAAGCUGAUGAAAUAUCAACACUUGUAUAA